AUGGAAAUUCGUGAACGGUACCGGUUUUUCCCGGAAACUAUUCUGUUUCUUGUCAACAUGCUGAAUUUGGAGAGGGCUACUAAACGUUCUUGUCCUCUUCCGCUGCUCAUUUCAACUUUAGCAGCAUUGCAUUUCCUUGCAACUGGCACACACCACAUUGUGACGGCAGGGCUGCAUGGAAUCUCAAGGUCCAGUGUAUCUAGAGCGGUCAAGCAAUUCACGGACAGCGUGUGUCUACAUCUAAAUGACUUUGUUUUCUUCCCAAAUAUCGAAAAUGUGCAACGGACGGUGCAAAAACAGUUUUAUAACAUCGCUGGUUUCCCCCAAGUGGUUGGUGUGAUUGAUGGGACACAUAUCCGUAUUCAAGCGCCUAGCGCCAACGAAGACGAGUAUGUGAACAGAAAGGGAUUUCACUCCCUUAAUGUACAGAUGAUUUGUGAUGCCACUUUUCGGUUUGUUGACGUAGUCGCAAAGUGGCCUGGGAGCGUUCACGAUUCAAGGAUCUUUCGUGAAAGCGCCAUACGUCAGCGCUUUGAAAGAGGUGAAAUCGACGGUCUUCUGCUUGGUGACUCUGGCUAUGGAUGCAAGAGGUAUCUUAUGACACCAUAUCAAAACACCGACAGUCCUUGUAAGGAACGGUUUAACAUAUCCUUAUGUCGAACAAGAGUGGUGAUCGAGCAAGCUUUUGGCGUUCUCAAGCGUAGGUUUCCAUGUCUACAUUAUGGACUUAGAGUAAAACCUGACAGAGCAGCCAAAAUAACAGUCGCGUGUGUCAUUCUUCAUAACAUUGGAUUAGAGAGGCAAGACAUGUUUUCACGAACAUGUGAGGAUGACACAGAUCAGCCACGUGUUGUUUAUGAAGGAGAUGGGUCUGGAAACAGUUACAGAGACCACAUCGCAGAAUCUUUCUUUUAAGAACAUAUAGUUAUAUAAUAACAAGGGCUGUAUGCAAAACAUGCAUGCCCCCCAUAUGGCCUGUCAGUUGUAGUGGUAGCCAUUGUGUGCAUACGUUUAUUGUAACUGUGAUCUUGACCUUUAACCUGAAAAUCAAUAGGGGUCAUCUGCCAGUCAUGAUCAAUGUUCCUAUGAAGUUUCAUGAUCCUAGGCCUAAAUAUUCUUGAGUUAUCAUCCUGAAACCAUUUUACUGUUUUGAGUCACUGUGACCUUGACCUUUGACCAAGUGACCUGAAAAUUAAUAGGAUCAUCUGCCAGUCAUGAUCAAUGUACCUAUGAAGUUUCGAGAUCCUAGGCCUAAGCAUUCUUGAGUUAUCAUUCCGGAAAUUAUUUUAUUAUUUCAUGUCACUGUGACCUUGACCUUUGACCUAGUGACCUUAAAAUUAAUAGGGGUUAUCUGCCAUUCAUGAUAAAUGUACCUAUGAAGUUUUAUGAUACUAGGCCUAAGCACUCUUUACUUAUAAUUCGGAAACCAAAUGAUGGACGGACCGACCGACCAACGGACCGACCGACAU